UACGUGCCAAUGAUAAACCGGACAAUUAGGCGAAACCGCAUUGUUGAGGUACCGGAAGUUCAUGUGGUCGAAAAGCUGGUGCCAAAAGUUACGUUCCAAGACGUCAUCAAAAAAGUCCCAAAGGUUGAGAUACAAUGGGUAGAGAAAAUUGUUGAGGUGCCGCAGGUUAAGGUGAUUGACAAAAUUGUUGAAGUACCACAAAUUCAUGAAGUACAGCGACUCGUUCCCCGUGUAGAAAUUCAAGAAGUUAUCCGCCAUGUCCCUAAAUAUCAAGUUCAAACGGUGGAGAAGUUCGUGGAGGUCCCUCAAAUUCAGGUUGUUGAGAAAUUCGUUGAAGUCCCUCAGAUCCAUGAGGUCAUCAAGUACCAAGAGAAAAUAGAGAUUGUGGACGUUCCUGUUGAGAGGAUACGGGAAGUGCCCAAAGCUGAAGUCAAGGUAGUAGAGAAGAUCAGGCACGUGCCUGGCCCCAUUGAAUAUGUGGAUAUACCCCAGGAAACCAUCUUCGAAAAGCCUAUUAUUGAAGUUGUCGAAAAAGUUAUUGAAGAGCCAGAUAUUCAGGAGUUUAUAGUCGAAACACCGGUGAUUGUCCCGUCCGAUUCUCCCCCCGUGGAGAUUCCUGUGGAGGUUCCUGUUUACUACGAUGUGCCCCAGUAUUAUCCCGUGAGGGGUCGUGUGGUGCCCGUAGAACGAGAAAAGAUUUACGAAAAGAUAGUCGAAGUGCCGGUGUAA